AUGAAGGGCGUAUUGGCAUUACUUGCCUUGGUGGCAGCUGUCACAAGUCUGGAGAACUUCACAGGACAACAGGUCCUACGAAUUCUCCCAACUAAUGAGGAGCAGGUGAACUUGGUGCGAGAACUGGAAAACUUUGAAGAUCUGCAGAUUGAUUUCUGGCAGGAACCCUCAAAACCCAACAGAUUCAUUGACAUCCGUGUGCCAUUCUUCACUCUUCAGGAUGUAAAAAUCUAUCUGGAGUCCAACAACAUCCAGUACAGCAUCAUGAUCCAUGACCUGCAGUCCUUGCUGGAUGAAGAGAAGAGAGACAUGAAACUUGGUCGUGCCAUGGAAAAUGCCCGUUCCACCGACACCUUUAACUAUGCCGCUUACCAUACCUUUGAUGAGAUUAACAACUUUAUCGACACUUUGGUGGCUGAGAACCCUGGCUUGGUGAGCAAAAUUCAGAUUGGCAAAAGUUAUGAAGGUCGCCCCCUGAAUGUCCUGAAGUUCAGUACUGGAGCCAACCACCCAGCUUUCUGGAUUGACACUGGAAUUCAUUCCCGUGAGUGGGUCACUCAGGCUAGUGGAAUCUGGUUUGCUAAAAAGAUUGUUACGGACUAUGGACGAGAUCCUUCUCUCACUGCCACCCUGAACAAAUUGGAUAUCUUCUUGGAAAUUGUGACCAAUCCUGAUGGCUACGUUUUCACCCACAAAUCUAACCGUAUGUGGCGUAAGACCAGAUCCCCCAACUCUGGCUCCUCCUGCAUCGGAACUGACCCCAACAGGAACUGGGAUGCUGGCUUCGGAGGUAGUGGAUCUAGCUCAAGUCCUUGUACUGAGACCUACAGAGGACGUGCUGUCCAUUCCGAGCCGGAGGUCAAGGCAAUUGUGGACUUUGUGAAGAGCCAUGGCAACAUCAAGGGAUUUGUUUCUAUCCACAGCUAUUCCCAAAUGCUCCUCUUCCCUUAUGGGUAUACCUCUACUCGUGUCCGAGACUAUGCUGAACUGAACAGUUUAUCUAAAGCCGCAGUUAAUGCUUUGGCCUCCCUGUAUGGCACAGCAUACACAUAUGGAGACAUCAUCAGCACCAUCUACCAAGCGAGUGGUGGAACCAUUGACUGGACUUACAACCAGGGCAUCAAGUACUCUUUCAGCUUUGAGCUGCGUGACACUGGACGCUAUGGGUUCGCCUUGCCAGCCAAUCAGAUCAUUCCUACUGCUCAGGAGACCUGGCUGGCCCUUACUGUACUUAUGGAGCAUACACGUGACAACCCCUAUUGAGCAAUAAACUGUUAAACGUAAUAAAGAUGCUUAU